UUCCUCAGGAUUCCGGCAUGCAGAACAAGGCCUGGUAUGCAGGGAACUGCGACAGGCGCACGGCUGAAGUUGCCCUCCUCCAGUUUAAUAAGGACGGCGCCUACGUGGUGAGGCAAAGCUCCCGGCAGGGUGGGAGCCAGCCCUUCACGUUGGUCGUGCUAUACAAAAAGUACGUCUACAACAUUCCCAUCCGCUGCGUGAUGGACAGCAGCCAGUACACCCUCGGCAAGGCCGGCAAAGAGCACGAGGAGCUCUUUGACAGCGUUGCCAGCAUCAUCCAGUACUACUCGCAACACCCUCUGGUGCUGAUCGACGCUCACACCGCCACCAAGGAGAAGACCUGCUUGUUGUUUCCGGUGAAGCCCUGA